UGUAUAUUUAGACGUGUCAUCAGCUGUUGAGGUACCGUGCAUGUCUGCGGGGGGAUGCCAGGAGGAUGAAGACAAUAGAGAGGGUCCAGCUGCGAUCUCUGACCGCGCGCCAGAUUGUCAGGGAUCUCUGCGAUGCGUCAGCGCCGCUGCCCGGCUCACAUGGAGCGGACGCUUUAAACAAAAGGAGCGGUCCAAACACAGUGACCCAUUUGUUACCGGGCGGACAAGAGGAGGAAACUCGGUGUUUCCAGCCUUGCGGAGCGCCGCAUAUCUGACAUUACUGUCUCCAGCUCCAACCGGCUCCGCUCUCAUCUCUGCAAGACGACGCAAAGAGUGGACAAGAGAGUUUACCGCUUCCAGCUUUAACAGCCGGACUGAACCGCCCCAGCACCCCGACCCCGACUGACCCACUGACCCGCAGGUCCGCCGCCCUCAUGGAGCGCGUCCAGCACAUGACCAAGUCGGCCAUCCGUCGAGCAUCUCAGAUCGAGGUGAACCCCCAGGCCAAGAGGAACCUGCAGGAGCUCUUUGUCAACUUCACCCUCAUCCUCAUCUGCCUGCUGCUCAUCUACAUCAUCGUCCUGCUGAGCAGCUGAGAGCAGAAAGGGACACAUGCUGAGCCUGGCAGAGCUCAACCGCUGAAAAAAGGGGGGAGGGGUUCGGAGAAAUAUCAGAUUUUAAAAAAGUUAGUCAUUAUAUCUCUGCUUCUCUUAUUCCGUUUUAUCAUCUUUGAUCCUGUUUGUGUGUAUGCACCACGUUUUCUGACCACUGUGUAUGAGCAACAUUAAACACGAUGCACAUGAAGUGGAAACCAUUCAUGCAUCUCUGAGGUUGGCUUCCUGUUGCAUGAACAUUUUUCUCUCUGUCUGCUCUGACUGAGAGACAGUCUGCACAGAUUUUCAACCCUCAAGAUGUCGUCUACUGCAUUUACUAAAAGCUAUCGUAAAAGGAUUAUGAAUUGAUUCCCCCCCCCCCCCCUCCCCACACACCUAAAAACUAGGUUCAAAUAUUAAAGAUAUUUUUGGGGUUUGAACCCCAAAAUAUAAUUUUGUUUACUUAACUCCACAUUUUCAUUGGAAUAGAAUAAAUAAAUACUGACAGACCUUCUAUGAAACACAUUUCGAUGAGUUCUGAUGACGGUCAGUCAUUGGCUUUGAUGUGUUUCCUGUAGGGUCUUCUUGAAAAUAACCAACAUUACAAAUAUAUUAAACCUUCUUAUGUUAAAAAAAACAGCAAUACACAUCUAUGCAACAUCAGCAGUGACCCACACUCAUUUUCCAUGCCAACCUACCUCUGCAGAAAACAGUAAAAACGUGAUGAAUUUUGCUACAGGCUUUAAAAGUAUGAAAAGCAGCACCACCUAGUGGACAAACAAAAAUCUCAGUUAAUAGCUGACAGUGACAAUUAAAACUGAACAUAAAGAACUGCACUGUUCAGCUAAGAGCUAAAGUCUCAUUUUUAUUGUUUGGCCUCAGAAACUAAUGACUAAUUCAUUUAAGGAACUGGGAUGUUAAUACAUUUUUUGAAAAAUAAAUAUCUGGAAAAUUUGAGCUACACGUUCAUUCUGGCUGCUAAAGCUAAUACUACUACUACUAAUCAAAAAAACUGACAGGACCUCUUGAGGAAAUCUUCAUCCACACUCUCUGGGAUUUUAAUUAAAAAAAUGCUAAUACAGCUGCGUCCAAAUGGUGGCGAUAAAAUGUACACAAGCUACAUAUAAAAUGAAGAAGGUCCAAAGAGGCUGAAGCAAUGAAAGGUUGAGGAUUCUCAAAAUAGAAAAAGAAGAGCAGAGCAGCUGAAGAUAAUUUUUUCCAUGUCUGAUGGAAACUAAAAAAAUCUCAGUUCUUGUCACAUAAAAUAAACAGUCAUGUGGAUAACAAGAAAAGAUUUACCAAACAUUUGCUAAUUUAAUAACGACCUGAGAAAUGAUGAGAAAUAUGCUAUAAACUAUCAGUUUCAUCCCAACAGUCAUUAAUGUCGCUGUUUGACAAGAUCUGUUGCAGAGGCUGACUUGAAAAUAAAAAUGUUAACAUUUACAAGCGCUUGCUGCCAGGAUAAAACAUCGAUGGGAGAAUAAAAAUAAUGAACUACUGCAGGAAAAAAAAGUUGACUUUGGCGCCACCCAAUGGCAAAUACCUAAAAGUGGAGGCGCAGCAGUGAACAGCUGGUUGUAAAUUUCAAAUUUAAAACGUUAUUCCUGAAAAACGCGUCUUUUUAAGCAGAAGCAGAAAAAAAUGUCCUUGUUUUGUUUCUGACGUCUUGCACAAAAAAUUCAUAAAAGAUUUCAACGGAGUCCUUUUUGUUUAUGCCAUAAAUGGCUUCUUAUUCAUUCGCUAAAUCGACAAAUCCAUCUUCAAUAAAGCAGGUUUAAAAUGUGCUAUAAAUGCACUAACAUCACAUUAUGCACGUAACACACAAGACUGCAGUCAAAUUUCAAACUGUUGUGAGAAAUUGCUUGAAAAACCAAAAUAUUUGAAAUCUGUGUGAGAUUCGCUGAGGCACCAUCCAGCAACACAAUGAAAAAACAAGAUGUGACGUAAACUGAAGUUUUAGUCCUCAAGAGAGAAAAAAUAGCAUCACAUUAGCUAAGAGGAUUUAAAUUAUUUGCUUGUCAGCUUAUAACACAAACAUUUAAGACUAAGAAUGUUUCCGUUUUCCAUAAUUUCUGUAAGAAAGAUGUGUCAAGCACAGAAUAAACAUAAAAAUUACAUAUUUGCAAAAAUC